AAUGUCAUUUUCGUUCUACUAUGGCUUCAUCUAGCACAUGCAGCAUCCAUCAUCUCACGAUCCAAUUCCUAUCCACUCAACUCUCGUUCAAACACGGUAGGCCCCAAGACCAACCUUAUAAUUUCCAAUGAAAUCAUAUCCCCAGACGGGUUUACGCGCUCUGCAACACUCGCCGGAGGAACUUUUCCAGGUCCAAUCAUCGCAGCCAGAAAGGGAGAACACUUUGCGAUAAAUGUCGUGAACAGACUCACUGACGAUGAAAUGUUCAAGAGCACCAGCGUGCACUGGCACGGCAUCAAUCAGAAUGGGACUAACUAUGCCGAUGGAGUCUCAUUCGUCACUCAAUGUCCCAUUGCGCAAAAUCACUCCUUUCUGCACUCCUUCGAGGCACGGAAUCAGGCUGGAACCUAUUGGUAUCAUAGCCACUACGCGACGCAACAGUGUGAUGGACUCCGUGGGGCUUUGAUUAUCUACGACCCCGAAGACCCUCUGUCAUAUUUAUACGACGUUGACGACGAGAGCACCGUCAUCACCCUUGCUGACUGGUACCAUGUGGUGGCGCCUGUUUUGGCUCAUAUCAUUGGUACCAAUGGCAACUCUACACUCAUUAACGGUCUCGGCCGAUAUCAAGGGGGACCCGCGAGUGAGCUUGCGGUAGUCAAUCUCGAGUACGGGAAACGAUAUCGCCUACGCCUUAUAGCAAUGUCUUGCGAUCCCAACUUUGCAUUUUCCAUCGACAACCAUAACUUGACGGUAAUCGAAGCAGACGGUGAACUGACGGAGCCCCUGCUCGUGGACUCGAUUACGAUACUUGCUGGACAGCGAUACUCUGCUGUGCUCACCAUGAAUCAGCCAGUCGGCAAUUACUGGAUACGAGCACUCCCAAAUACUCCAGGCGCGAACUUCAACGGCGGCCAGAGCCUUGCUAUCUUGCGAUACAAGGGUGCACCCGUUGCAGAUCCUACCACGAACCAGACCAAGAGUACUAUGCCGCUCCUCGAGACCAACUUGCAUGCAUUCAUCAAUCCUGGUGCACCUGGGGUUCCAGGGUACGGAAAUGCAGACAUCAACUUGAAGAUGGUAGUCAACAACUCGGUUGGGGUAUAUUCGAUCAAUGGCGCAACAUACAAGCCUCCCACAGUGCCCGUACUGCUCCAGAUUCUCAGCGGUGCACGACUUGCAACCGAUCUCCUUCCACUUGGAAGUGUUUAUGUUUUAGGGGCUAACAAGGUCGUCGAAUUGACGAUGAUAACUAGCAACGUUGGUGGUCCCCAUCCCAUUCAUAUUCACGGCCAUAGCUUUGAUGUCGUGCAGAGCGCAGGAAAUAGUUCAUUUAACUACGUCAAUCCCGUGCGCAGGGACGUAGUAUCCGGCGGGCUCCAAAACCAGCAGAUGGUGAUUAGGUGGGUCACAGACAACUCCGGUCCAUGGUUCCUGCACUGUCACAUCGACUGGCAUCUCGACGCUGGUUUCGCUGUAGUUAUGGCUGAAAGCCCCUCAGACACUCAGGCGCAUCUGGGCCCCAUACCCCCUGCAUGGGACGAGCUUUGCCCAAUAUAUGACUCGUUAACCCCAGCCCAGAUUGGAGCGGAAAAUUCGUAUCAAGAAGCACAGAAUAUGUCCACGCUGCUAUUUCCACCAAGAUAGUGUUCACUGUCGUAGAGUUUGAAGGAACGGCAAUACCGGGACUCUCAUAAUAGAUGUUAUACAGUAGUACCAUUAAUAAUACCAUCUCAUGGAAAUGCUCUGUAAUUUAUUCGAGCUGUUCACAGACUACGCCCAAUAAGUUGUGAUGAGAAGCCACACACGAACCCAUACGGAAUGUAUGUUUGUGUCCACCCUCUAGCCGCAAGUCUACAGGAAAUGUGGCGUAUGUCAGGUUGAUGGCUGACUUAGGUCGCCGAUACUGAAUCUAAGCAAACAGAUGAGAAUAACUGCAUUAGGGAUAAGCUAGGAGGAAGCAGUGCGUGCCGGGUGGUGAAUCGUGUCGUGGGUGCUAUAGUGCUGGGCC